UCCAUCCGGGUCCUCAGCGCUUGAGCCAUGACGUCACGGGGUCCAGGAAUGGCGGCGCUGUCUACAGAGCGAAGCAGCCCGAAGAGCCCGAAACUUUAUUCCUAACGUCACUCAGCGACUACACGAGCUCCAUCGCUCCACCGACGGCCAUAUCAUCCUCUUAAAGAGCCAGCGCGACAGCAGAACCCAGUCUCGACGUUGUUACAGCUGAAUUUCGACGUCUCAGGCUAUAUUAGUUUGGUUGACUUUGCGAGGGCCAAAAGACAAGAGCACAGACAGCGACUAACGGUGCAUAUAAACAACAACAAGCGCCCCUAAACACCCUCUUUGAGUCCGCCCAUUUCACAGAAAGAUCUUACUUGUGUUUGCCUAGUUUCUUGAUUUGCUCAUACCCCGAAAGGCACGGCACUGGCCUGAUAAGGUGAAGCCACCAGCUGCGGGUUUGAUGCCACGAUGGAGAGUUUAACACUGAGCGAUGUCGAGCAGAAAUAUUACUCUGAACUCUUCCUCUUCUGUGAUGUGGAUAACACCAAGAAAGUGGCUUCCAAUGGCAAAGUUCUGGACCUCUUCCGGGCGGCCCAGCUCUCAAACGAAGUGGUCCAUCAGAUUACUGAACUUUGUGGGGCCACACGUCUCGGUCAUUUCGGUCGAAGUCAGUUCUACAUUGCACUGAAGCUCAUUGCAUUGGCCCAGUCUGGACUGCCCCUGCGCGUGGAGAGUCUGAACAAUGUCAGGGAUCUGCCCCUCCCUCGCUUUGUGAUGGGCAAGAACGAGCAGGAGAUGAGGCAUGCGGUCAUGUUUGCAGACACAGAGAACCAGGGGCCCUACCUACCCAGACCUCCAGGCCGAGUGCAAGCCAAAAAAGUGUCAGCGCAUGAGAUGAUUCAGCCCUGUGUGCCCACCGUAGAUCCACAGCCGGACACCACAUCUCCUGUAGUGUCACCGCACCAGUCCCCUCCCACCUCGCCCCAUGCGUGGAGGAAGCACAAACGCCAGGCCAGCGGUGGAAACGUUGACAGACAGCCCUCAGUGCCAGGAGUUGUUUGGCCACCUUUUAGAGAAGCACAGCCAGGACCAGUUACAGGUGAUGGGCUGUGGUCCGCCCAUUCACCCCCUCCUGUCCAGGAAAGUUGGGUCAGCUUUACAGACACGCCCCCCUCUUGCACACUUCCAAUGCAUCCCCCAUCAGCUCAGCAGCUACAGCAAGAAAACAGUAAUGGCGGACUGCUGCUCCUCACUCAGCCGGAGAGCACAACAGUACGGACUGUGCCGUCUUCAAUGACCACAAAUGAAAUCCAAAGACAGACCAGUGGUUAUGAUGACCCCUGGAAAAUCACAGAUGAGCAAAGACAGUAUUACAUAAACCAGUUUAAGACCAUUCAGGCUGAUCUCACUGGUUUCAUCCCUGGUUCAGCCGCGAAGGAAUUCUUUACGAAGUCGAAACUGCCUAUUCUUGAACUGUCUCACAUUUGGGAGCUAUCAGAUUUUGAUAAAGAUGGUGCACUGACCCUUGAUGAGUUUUGUGCUGCGUUUCAUCUUGUGGUAGCCAGGAAAAAUGGUUAUGACCUUCCUGAAAAGCUCCCCGAGAGCCUAAUGCCAAAGCUUAUUGACUUGGAUGACUCAGCAGGAGUUCCAGAACCAGAUCCUGAAGUGGGCUUUUCUGCUUCUCCUGUGGAGGUUACUCCAAAUAAAUCUCCUUCCAUGCCUUCCCUGAACCAGAACUGGCCUGAGCUCAACCAGAGCAAUGAGCAGUGGGAGACUUUUAGCGAACGCUCCUCAAGCUCUCAAACUCUGACCCAAUUUGAUUCUAACAUUGCACCAGCUGACCCUGAUACAGCAAUAGUCCACCCUGUGCCCAUUCGUAUGACACCCAGCAAGAUCCACAUGCAAGAGAUGGAGCUCAAGAGAACUGGAAGCGAUCACACACAUCCAACAAGCCCGUUAAUGGCGAAACCACCAGAACUUUCUGAGGAGACCAAGUUAGCAGCAGCUAUUAAAUUUCCUGGUACCACUGUUGGAGAUGGCUAUAGCAGCUCAGAUUCAUUUACAUCUGAUCAGGAGCCCAUUUCCAGUGCUGUGAACAGACAAAGGUCUCACUCUGGCACCUCCCCGGAAGGACUGAAGGUUGUGGCUCCGCCUCCACCUCCGCCACGCAUCAUUACCUCUCACUCACGAUCCUCCUCUCUAGACAUGAACAGAAACUUUGCUGCUGUCCCUGCAGGUCCACAACAGCCAGGUGUAGUUGCCUUUCCCCCAGCAGUCCCUCCCAGACCACUGCCCACACAGACAUCAGUGCCACAUGGUCACCGUUCGGUAGAGGGAGAUGGUCUUCCGGCACAUACCAGCACGUCACCCCAGCAGAUGCCAGAACAACCCAACUUUGCUGACUUCAGCCAGUUUCAGGUUUUUGCUGUCGACCAGCCGGCAGAUGAUGGAGAGAAACCAUCUGACAGUGGACAGGCAGAGAGAAGUGCAGAAACCACCGGGACGAUGAGAACAGCAAAGAAUGAAGUUCAGGCAGAGGAACGAAAUGCAAAUUCUGUCAACUCAGCCAAAGUAUCCACUCCAUUGGCCCCACCCCCUAAACCUGUUCGUCGAAGACUGAAAUCAGAAGAUGAGCUCAGACCAGAUGUGGAGGACCUUCCGCAAAAGUCUACCGUCAUAGCCACUGUUCUAGCAACCCAGCCCUCAAUUCCACGGUCUAUCGGUAAAGAUAAGAAGGCCAUCCAGGCUUCCAUUAGAAGAAACAAAGAAACGAAUACGGUUUUAGCCAGACUCAACAGUGAAUUACAGCAACAGUUGAAGGACCUGCUAGAAGAAAGAAUAUCGCUUGAAGUGCAACUGGAACAGCUUAGACCAUUUUCGCAUUUGUAAAAAAAAGAGUGUUCAGAUUGAAUGUUUAUGAGUGAUUACCCCCGUUUUUUUUUUUUUUUUUUGAGUGGUCUCUUGGAUCCUCUGGCAGGAUGUCCAUUUCACCCUUUCUCCACUCCUCUGCUGACUGUGUGAGAAGAGACACGAUCGCUGCUUCCUCCAGACUGUUCUGUCUCACACAGCCAUUCAGAGGGAUGGGGUCCAGGAACAAUAUCCGUUUAUGGCACUUUGAUGAAACAAAGUCUGUGUAGUUGUGUGUGUAAUACCCCAGACAUUGCAGGUUCUGUUUAGCAUGUGAGGCAAGAGCCUGACGUCAUGGCUGGCAGGAGGCUGUAAUUCUGGUAAACAUGAAGGAGCCUCUUCCCCUCCUCUUCUCCAGAGUCCUGAGGCAGCUUGUCAUGUUCUUCCAUGUUAGAAGCACCGUGUGUGCUCAGACAAUCAUGUUAGGCCAUGCACUGGUCUUAAAGAGGGGAGAACUGAUUUUUGGGAGAUCAUACUAUUUCAGAAGUACGCUUUAGAAAACUGAUUCUGACAUGCACUUGUUAAAGGGACAGUACACUAAAAAAAUGUAAAUUCACCCUCAAGUCUUUACAAACCCAUAUGACUUCUCAUUAAAAUCGAAAAGAGUGGCCAGGAUAUUCUUCAAAAAUGUACCUUUUCUAUCACAUGAAAGAAAGAAAGAAAAUCUUAUGGGUUUUGAGCAAAUUACAGAAUUGUUUUUUUUUUUUUUUGUUGGAUGAAUUGCCCUUUUAAUAUUUCUUCUUAGGCCAUAUCGGUGGACAGCACAGCUGUGUGUGUUUGUUUCAUGUGCGUGAGAGAGUUCGAGGAUGACGGUUACAAAUGUAUGUCAUCAAAAACGGCUUUCUUUUCUUCUCUUAACACACACUGUUGUGUUACUACAGAGCAACCUGUUCAACCGUGUACAGUUUUUCACCCCGAGAUAGCAGAUGUCCCUCUCUCAGUCUCAAAUGUUGACUGUACCUCAUGUAGUACAUCAUCUGAUUCAGUCCUGCACCACACAUUCAGUGCCAUCAUCAGUAUGUAAACCUGAGACCUGAAACAAUGACUGCACUUCCUCCACUUCGGCUUCCAUCUGUCUUUUCUCGUCACUGUUUUUGCAUGUCUUUCACAAUCUCAUUUUGUAUAAAACGGCUCUUUACGAUGAACCACUUGAUUUGUAUCCGUAACGUCUGAACUAAUGUGACGGUUGUGUUGUUACAUAGACUUGCACCAUAUCUUUCAUCCGUUCAUUUGUUUUGACUGAUGUCUGUUGUUCUUUUACUCCUCCUUAAAGCCUUAGGUUCUGGUGUGCAGGUUUUCACAGUAAUGUGCCCCCCCCCCCAUGAGCCUUUUCUCCCUGCUGUUCAGGCUGAUUUACUGUAUCAGGGGUAUGUUGUAUAUUGUAUGAUACACACCUUUUGAUCUCAUAUGUAAAUUUGCAUUAAUUGCUGACUAACAGCAAAUAUUCUAUUUAAUUGCUUAUAUAUUGGCUGUGUUAUCAUAAAUGUUUAACUGCAUGGAUGUGUCUCUGCAGAAUGAACUAGCAGCUGUGUGAUUUUUACACAAAAUAAAAAUGGCACAAUAUUUUAAUAAUUUC